UGCCGAUAGUCUACUCCCGCACCCAGCCCCCGGCCAGCUGCCGCCUGUUGCAUUUGGUGCAAAUUCCACUCCUUUUUGUUUGCAACUCUUAAAACGGCCGAGUCCCUGAAUCCCGAUCGGCCUGUUUACUGACAGCUGGCAUGUCUUAGUUGUGGAGUUUCUCAGGCCCACUUUAAAAAUCGGCCUGUCUCCGCCGUUCAUUGAAGUGCGCGGGUUGGGAUAACGCAGACGGUAAGAAUGUGCCAUAUUUCCGCUUAAAUGCAGUACAAGAAUCACAGGGUAUCCACCUUUCCAGCACCACCGCAGCAGGGGAGCGAACACGUGAGUUGCAUAAGCAUGAACCUGCAGAUCAAAUAAAGGCCUCGGGGCUGCUCAUCUACUUGGUGAAAGGGCAAUCUCAUAUCAUGCAAGACAACGGUGUUGUCCUUGUGAGACAAAAUAAGGAUGGCGGAAACUGAAAACAAUUUAAAGAAAGAACUAAUCACCCAGUUCCAUGAGACUGCUGCGAAAGGAGAUGCAGCGAAACUGUCUACUAUGCUAACUUACUCUACGUCCCUUGUCGAUGAGAUGGAUGAGAGGGGCUGGUCCGCUUUGAUGCAUGCCAGUAGAAAUGGACAUUUGGAGGUAGCCCAUCUGCUUCUUGACAAGGGCUGCAAUCAAUCUCUUUCAAAUAAAUCAGGACAAACAGCACUGGACAUUGCUAAAUUCUGGGGAUAUAACAGUAUUGCUGAUUUGUUGGCAAACACUAAAGUUGCUGCUGGUGCUGGAAUGUGGCCUGAUGGCCCAGAAGAGAAUGAAAAUUAUUUCAGCAGAACAUUGCUUAAUAAACUAAGCGAAAAAAGAAGUGAUUCUACUUGGUUAAAGAACAAACAGAUUGACCAAGCUAGUGUCUACAUCUUAUUUUCCAAUUUAAAUCCAUUGGUUAUUUCGCUAAAAUAUGAAGAGUCCAGGAAGCCUACGCUUCAUCUCUGUAAGCUGCAUUACAAAGAUGUAGAGCAUCUCUUGGCUAAACCAGAAGUCACUUGUGUUUUCCUUGGAGCAGAAUUGCAGAACAGCAGUGGUGGAUCACAAAUUAAAUCUUCAGUAAGCAAAGACUCAGCGGAGAAUGAUGAACUUCUUGCCUGGUUUGCAUUGAAUACAAACUCUGAUGCUACUGAUAACUUUAGGAUUAUAUACCCAGAUUGUUGCUUCAUCCAGCCACUUAUUCCGCAUAUACUGAAUUUAAAUCAGGAGGAGGCCGGUGUGGUUGCACAGGCCAGGUCUGUCCUUGCCUGGCACAGUCGAUACCAGUUCUGUCCUACCUGUGGAAAUGAUACAAAAGUUGCCGAUGGAGGUUACAAGAGGGAGUGCUUAAAGGAAAACUGCCCAAGUCUACAAGGAAUUCAUAACACCUGUUACCCCCGUGUAGAUCCAGUGGUAAUAAUGCUGGUCAUUCAUCCUGAUGGUAAUAAUUGCCUUCUGGGGAGACAGAGACGACACCCUCCAGGAAUGUUUUCCUGUCUGGCAGGAUUUAUGGAACCAGGAGAGACAAUCGAGAAUGCUGUUCGAAGAGAAGUAGCAGAAGAGACUGCAGUCAAGGUUGGGCGUGUUCAGUAUGUUUCCAGUCAGCCCUGGCCAAUGCCUUCAUCCCUUAUGAUUGGUUGCCAAGCUAAUGCAAUCUCAACAGAAAUUACUGUGGACAAGGAGGAAAUUGUAGACGCCCGAUGGUUCAGUCGGCAACAGAUUACUGAAAUUCUCAACAAACAGGGUCAUCCAAUGAGCAUUCCUCCCCAGCAAACGAUUGCAAACAGGCUAAUUAGACAGUGGCUUAAGAAGAAUUCUAAUCUCUGAAUUUGUUGCCAAAAACAGCUUCUUCCUAUUUAUCUGCAUUAAGCCAGCUGAUCCGACUGUGUGAAGACCUCCGCAGGGAAAGCAGAGACUAUUCCUGACGAAACCUUCCAUGCACUGAAGUGUGAAGUCCAGUUCGGAAUGAACUUUUUUUUAGUUUAUUUUAUUGUCACGUGUUGCAGGUGCGGUGACAUGUUUUUGUUGUGCGCUAACCUCUUUCGUACCUAUCAACUGACAUUUGGUAACAAACUUUGAAAUUUAUAUUUCAAGAACCAUUUAUUUCACAGGUACAUACCAAUUGAUUAAGAAACAUAGAAAAUAGGUGCAGGAAUAGGCCAUUCGGCCCUUCGAGCCAGCACCGCCAUUCAAUAUGAUCAUGGCUGAUCAUCCAAAAUCAGUACCC